AUGGUUUCACUGCACAGCUCGGGUCGCUCGACUCACUCGGCGCAGAAUCAGGCGCCUUCGAGGGUCAGUCAGUCGUUCGCUGUGAACCCAUGUCCGCUUGCUGCUCUCUGGCGCCGGUUGCUGCGGCGUGUGUGGUGCGAGUGCGAUCGCGUGGCGCUUGACGGCGCCGAACCGAUGCAGCUGGAUCGACCCCCCAUGCACCCAUGCACUGCUGACGACGUCCUCUCCUACUCCCCACACAGGAUCUGCUCUCCGGUCACCCAGGCCAUCUUUCGGUCGAACAGCAGCACACCCUCGAGAAGGUCAGUCAGUGUUCAGUUCGCUCGCUCGCACGCGUCGGUCGCCCGACUCCGCCAGCCCGCAGCCGCAGACGGACUCGGUUCUUGUGCUCGCGUCGCCAUCGUCGCGCGUCGUCCGUUCUCUCUCGAUCGACGACCGGCUACCACCCCGGUAUACCUCACCGAUUGGCUCACACACACACAUCUGAUCUCUCUCUCUCUCUCCCUCCCCCCCUCCCCUCAGUUCAAGAAGGAAUUGUCCGAGGCAGGCUACUACGACCCUGUCAAGAACGAUGACCCGGAAUUGCUGUGCGUGUGAACCCACCUUCUUCGACUCUUCCCCCCCCCCCUGUCCUUGGCGAUCCGGCGACACAUCUUGGAUCAUGAGCGAUGGUGUAGCCCUUCAAAGCGAUGGCGAUCGUGGCUCUGACGCGUGCAGACCCACGUGCAUCCCACGCGCCGUCAUCCAUCUCGUGCACAUACCGCGCUCCCUCGAACCGACAAGCCCCUAUCACCGCAGCCCACGGCCCAAGCUGAUGCACCUCCUUUCCCACAGUCGCUUCCUCCGUGCCCGCAAGUUCGACAUCCCAAAGGCCAAGAUCAUGUGGAUCGACACCCAGAACUGGCGCAAGAGCUUCAAGGUCGACGAGCUCUACGACACGUUCGAGUACAAGGAGAAGGCAGAGGUCGACAAGCUUUACCCGAGGUACGUUGUCUUUACCUUUGUUCUUGGGUCUCUCCUUUAUUGACCUGUCUACUCUUCCCAUCCAGGUUCUACCACAAGACGGACAAGGUCCGUUGCAUAUGUCAAGUGCAGCCGAACAACACCUCACCGUGACCUACGCUUGUCCAUUCUCUCCUCCAGGACGGCCGACCAUUGUACAUCGAGCAACUCGGCAAGCUCGACCUAAAGAAGCUGUACGAGGUUACCACCCCUGAACGACAAAUGCAAUCGCUCGUCGUCGAAUACGAGAAAUUCCAACGCGACCGUCUCCCCGUCUGCUCCGCCUUGGCCGGCCACCUUAUCGAGACCUCGUGCACCAUCAUGGAUCUUAAGGGCGUCGGUAUGAGCUCGUUCUGGAGUGUCAAGAACUAUGUUCAGGAGGCUUCUGCCAGUGAGUAAAGCGGACUGGCUCAAAUUUGAUGGGCAGCGCUCUGAUCACGUGCGUUUUUCUUCCUGCCCCAGUCUCGCAAAACAACUACCCGGAAAGGGUGCGUAGUUCUCGGACCUGUUAUGGAGAACAUAAUAAGGCAGCUGACCAUAGUCUCAUCUUACCAUCAAACAGAUGGGCAAGUUCUACAUCGUCAACGCAUCUUGGGCCUUCUCGACCGUAUGGAACCUCGUCAAGGGCUGGCUCGACGAAGCGACCGUCGCCAAGAUCCACAUCCUCUCGUCGGACUACAAAAAGAGCCUGCUCGAGCAAGUUCCCGCCGAAUCGUUGCCGACCUUCCUCGGCGGGACCUGUCAAUGCUCGCAAGGGUGUUCCAUGUCCGAUGCUGGGCCCUGGAACGAUCCCGCCAUUCUCGAGAAGGUCAAGAAGGAGAAGGAGCAGAACGACGCAUUACAAUUGGUUUCGGACGAGUCGGCUUCGCACCAGGUCGAGAAUGGAUCCACCGCCCCCGACGCCGACGCCCCCGCUUUGGCCAAACCUACUGAAGCUGGAACAACGACGACAGCAGUCUCGACAUGA